AUGAUCGCCCGGGCUGUCGGUCUGCUGGCGCUGCUCCCGCUACUGCCGCUGUCGACAGCGCAGAGCAGCUCGAACAAGCGUGGCCUCUGCUUCAUCGCCGAGACGGACUUCCCCAGCGACCACAAGACUUGGAUGCAAGAUGGCUCCGAAAUUUCCUGGUACUACAACUAUGGGUUUCGGCCGAGCCCGACAUUCGCAGACUACACGCAGGAGCAGCUCGAGUACGUGCCCAUGAUGUGGGGUGUCGACCACAACGACCUCAACAAGACGGAGUUCAAGGACGCCGUCAUCCGCAUGAUCGACGACGAGGGCCGCAACAUCACGCGCGUGCUGGGCUUCAACGAGCCCGACAUGGGAUUCCAGUACGGCGGCAGCGACACGCCGCCCGCCCUCGCCGCCCGCGCCUGGGUCGCCAACUUUAUCCCGCUCCAGGAGAGGGGCAUCAAGGUCGGCCUGCCCGCCAUGACGGGUCAGCCCUACGGCCUGCAGUGGCUGCACCAGUUCCUGGGCAACUGCUCCGACUUGAUCAGCGUCGGCGAGGACACGAAGAAGAACUGCACGUACGACUUUCUGCCCGUCCAUUGGUACGACAAUUUUGAGGGACUGGCGAGCCACAUUGGCGAACGCAUUGAGAACUUCCCCAAUACCAGCAUCUGGGUCACCGAGUAUGCCUAUGCGCACCAGGACCUGCGGCCGACGGAGCAAUUUUACAACACGACGAGCGAUUACUUUGAGCGCGUUCCGGACAUUGGGCUCUACUCGUACUACGGCGCGUUCCGUUCUGCGGCCAGCAACGUCGGCCCCAACGUGCCGUUCCUCAACAAUGCUGGUGAGCUGACGGACAUUGGCUCCUGGUACCUUGGGUUCCAGGCGAAAGGUGUCAAGCCGCAGAGCGCGGCUGGUUGCGGCGGCAUGCAGAAGAUGUGGCAGCAUGCAAAAGAUGUGUAUUUGAGCACAUACUACUAA